CUCUGCUGCUGCCUUUAUGGGCAUGUUUACACUAGCGUCAGAGAAACACCUUUCUGUCCAAAACACGACAUGGGCCCUGGAGGAGGUUUGAUGAAAGUCGUUGCACUGAUUGCAGUCGUUGUGGUUCUGAAGGUGCAAGCUUUUCCAGCACCUCCAGAUGACAACGCAGAUGCAGGUGAACUAAGGGAUGACAUACCAGAGAUCAAUAGAGAAUUGGGUGACCUGUUUGAGGGGGACAUUGCUGUCAAUCCAAGAAGAAAUGCCAUCCUCGAUCAAACGAGAAGAUGGAAGUUUCCCAUACCUUAUAUCUUAACCGAUUCUUUAGAUCUGAAUGCAAAGGGUGUGAUCCUCCAGGCUUUUGAGGAGUAUCGCUUGAGAUCCUGCGUGGACUUUAAGCCUUACGAGGGAGAGACCAGCUACAUCUCCUUUGCCAAACUCUCCGGAUGCUGGUCAUAUGUUGGAGAUGACCGAGAGGGCCAGAACGUGUCCAUCGGGGCCGGAUGCGACACCAAGGCUAUCGUGGAGCAUGAACUCCUCCAUGCUUUGGGUUUCUAUCACGAGCAGUCUCGUUCAGACAGAGACGACUAUGUUAAAAUCUGGUGGGACCAGAUUGAAGAAGGCAAAGCUCAUAACUUCAAUAAAUAUGAGGAUGACUUCAUCACGGAUCUGAACACGCCCUACGAUUAUGAGUCCAUCAUGCACUACAGACCGUUUUCCUUCAACAAGAAUGAAAGCAUCCCAACUAUCACCACCUCCAUACCGUACUUCAACGACAUCAUUGGCCAGCGGCUGGACUUCAGCGAAGUGGACAUCACCAGACUCAACCGCAUGUAUGACUGCGCCAACACACACACUCUCCUGGACCAGUGCUCCUUCGAGCUGAUAAACAUCUGUGGAAUGAUCCAGAACGAGGAGGACAAUGCAGACUGGGUCCAGACGCUGACCAGUCCAGUGGACACGGAUCACACCCUGGGAGGGCGUUGCAGAGAUUCUGGAUACUUCAUGAAGUUUGACACCUCUUCUGGAGCUGUUGGCAGCAGUGCCCUGCUGGAGUCUCGUAUCCUCUACCCGCUGAGAGAUGAACAGUGCCUGCAGUUCUUCUACAAGAUGACUGGAGCUGCUGGAGACAGACUGGUGAUAUGGAUCAGGACUGAUGAUGGGACAGGGACCGUCAGCACACUCACAAAGAUCUACACCAUUACAGGUGAUGGAAGAGAUGACUGGAAAAUCGCUCAUGUGACUCUUAAAGUGACAAAGAAGUUUCGCUAUCUAUUCCAAGGCAUCAUAGGAUCACCCGGCUCCUCCGGUGCCAUCUUAAUUGAUGACAUCACUGUCACUGAGACUGUGUGCCCGAAUGCCGUCUGGCAAAUCCACAACUUCACUAGUGUUCUGGCCACCACUCCUGUUAACACGCCGCUUAGAAGCAAAUGCUUCUACAACUCCGAGGGCUACUCUUUUGGUAUGAGCAUUUAUCCAAAUGGAAGGGAGAAUACUUACCCGUACUAUGUCGGCCUUACCUUCCACCUUUGCAGCGGGGAAAACGAUGCAGUGUUGCAGUGGCCAGUGGAAAACAGGCAGGUCACCUUUGUUGUCAUGGACCAGGACCCAGAUGUCAAACUGAGCAUGUCUUCCACAAGAAGCUUCACCACAGAUUCCAAUGCCCUCUGGAACAAACCAACGGCUUCUUCAGGAGCAGUGUGGGACGAAAUCUGCCAGUGUUACCGCAGUAGGGACUAUGGCUGGGGGACUUUUAUCUCUCACUCACAGCUGCAGAAGAGAAACUUCCUCCUGAACAAUGACCUCAUCCUCACUGCUGACUUCAAUGAUUUGACCCACCUGAUUAAGAGUGAGGUGCCUGUGGCACCGGAGAACAAACGCAACGAUGUCACAGGUGGAAAUGAAGUCGAUGAGGUGGAAGCGAAAGAGAAGACUUCAAAACACAGAUAUGAACGCGCUGUGAACGCCUGUCCUCCUAUGAUGUGUUUUAAUGGAGGGGUGUGCGUGGUGGGUGACGGGAAACCCUUCUGCAGGUGUGGAUCAAGCCAGGGCAUCUACUACAGUGGUGACAGGUGUGAGAUUUGGAAACUAGACGGAGGCAUCUUGGGAAUUCUGAUCGGUGGCGCAAUAGGAACUGUGGUCCUGUCGCUGGCCAUUUUCACUGUCAUCAAAAGAGCUCAAACAAACACACCUUAGAGGUUUUGUGUGUCUUCGCAGUGAAGAUUGAAUCAAUUAUAGAUGGAAAUAUAAGUAUCCAUUAAAGGCACUGGACUAGUGUUUAAAAUUAACCUCUUAUAUCUGCAUCUGUUUGCCAAAUUCAUGAAAAUACGGAAUUACUUUUAAAACGUUGUAAUUAACUAGAAGAAGUUAAUUUAAAAGCAUAACUUCGGUCUGUACCAGACUAGGACAAAUGAGCCCUGCAGGGACUGUGGUUGAUUACAGAAAUCUGUUUUAUAUGAAAUAAAAAUGAACGACGGAAACUUCAUAACACAUCUUUAUUUUACUACAUAUAUAAGUUACAUACAUGGCUAUACAAACAUGCUAUACUGUACAUCUGAUGAUUCAUGUAAAUUUACAGACUUCAUUUUAAAUAAAAAGAUCCAACAACCCAGAUUUAAUAAAAGUGGAUUUUGUUCUAUAUACAGUCAGCAUUUAAAGUUUUAGUACACCUGAUAAGAAAGCUCCAAUAAUGCUAUCAUUACCCCUGCAGGUAAUUAAAGCAACUCUAUGUAAUAAUAGCACCUUUGACCACAUGGAGGCAGCAUGUCAGAAUGUAAGAGAGAAAGUUAAGCCACUGUGUUAAGUUUGCACUUGCAUACUUGGUAAGUACAAGUCAAGAGAAGGUACUUUGUAGGAUGCAGUUCAGUCUUUCUGCGGUUGGAACGGCAGUGAACUUGAUCACAGUUCUGCUAGCAGUCUGACGCAUACUCAACAACAGCUUCAUUUAAAAGUUUAAAUUAACAUUAUAAAUUAAAAACAAAUGCAGGAUAAUAAUAAAACCUGAAAUGUACUGUUGACUCCCCUUGCAAAAGUGUAUAAUCUUUACUUUGUAUGUGUUUUUCAAUAGUUACAAGUUUUUGUACUUCAACGGUUAUAAAUAAAGUUCUGCAGAUGAAGGAAACACAA